AUGAUAUCGCUGUGUACUCUCGAUGUCAUCUGCGAAGCUGCUCUUGGAACACAUGUUGACGCUCAGAACAAGUCGUCUCCCUAUUUGGAUGCUGUUUGCAAGAUGAAAUAUAUGAUUCAUCAGCGAACACUGAAGGCACACUUUUACUUCGAUACCAUUUACAAUAUUUUUGGCAGCGGGAAAGAUGAAAAGAGGUGCACUGAAAUCCUUCAUAAAUUCACUGCCUCGGCAAUAGCAAAUCGUAAAAGAAUGGUGGAUGAAGCCGGAGGUAUCGAUAAUCUGGUAGAGAGGGAAACAAUGUCAGGUAAACGACGUAUGGCGUUUUUGGAUUUCAUGCUCGAUUUACAUGCGAAGGGUCAGUUACCUAUGGAAGGUGUACAAGAAGAAGUGGAUACGUUCACUUUUGAAGUU